AUGAGUGGAUUAGGGGAGAACUCCUUGGAUCCCUUGGCUACUGAAUCACGAAAACGCAAGCCUUCUUCAUGCGACACUCCUGGGCCUAGGUAAGUAAACCAUUGCGCAUACUUUGAGUAAUACUACAUACCUGAAAACUAGUCGGAUCCAAGUUUAACAGGCUAUCAUUUGAAAUCUCAUCUGGUCCUCUUUCUACUCCUGUUUUAUCUUUACUGUUGACCAAAGUUUUUAUCCUUUUCUGGUACUUCUGACUGGAGCGAUUUUGCUGCACGCUAAGACUGCCUUCUCUGACUUUUGAUAUAGUGAAUUUUGCUUUCUCUUCCACCAUGUUGGUUCUGUCUAAGUUGUGUGUUCAUCUCCCUCUUAUCCUUCUUCCGACUUUGAGUGAGAGACAUUGUACUGGGGUACAGGAGAAUCUUCUUAACUUCUGUGUUGACACAAGUGUGAAUGGGCUCUGAAUAAAUUGAUAGCAGCUGCUGCCCAUGUAUCGCUGUGUUCCAAUCAGAUCUGAUGAGAGGAAGUAUGGCUGAGGGACAAUUAUCACAUAAAUGACUACACUACGGUGUCUUGUGGGAUCUUGGUUGGUGGAGCCUCUUAUUGAUCAUGUAAUAACUGCUGUGAACAUACAGAUUGUGGGUCUACACCUUGGAACAAUGUAUCUAAAUCAUGUCCAAGCUGAUCAUUUCUGGUGUUUUAACCCCUUAAGGACCAAAUUUCUGGAAUAAAAGGGAAUCAUGACAUGUCACACGUCAUGUGUCCUUAAGGGGUUAAACAGGUUGUGUAUGAAGCUUAAAGAUUAAAAAUCUAUAGAACUAAGAAGAAAAUGUUUGAUCUUGGGGAGGUUUGCAAGCCACUAGUGAACCAUCUAGACCUAUCACAUUGUGAUCUUAUCGCUCUCUUUCUCUGCAAUAUAUAGAUUUACUGGUGCACUAAGAAGCAGCCAUCUACUGGGUGGGGAACAAUGAUGCUCUAGCCAAAAACCUGUAUGAUUAAGUUAUAAUUAAAAAGACCGUUCAUGUUGGACCAUGCAUUAAACUAAUAUUCAAAAAUAUGCGAUAACAUAAAGUCUGUGCAUUUGCUGAGCUUUCCCAGCUAAGCAGUCUUGGGUGCAUGGGCUACCUCUUUAAGCUCCUUGUAAGCACCUGUUAACUCCUGACUUUGACUCCAACUGUAGAUGGCUGCGUAUUAGAUUGGCCUGUGAGGAGCAAUCUCUGCUAAAGCUGACUUGUCGUCUGUACAUUUUACAGGUUCCGUAUUUCUUUGGUUGAAAACUUUGACUUUUUUUGGAAAACCAGCUCUCUCCUGCCUAACGGGAAAAUUCAAAUCUAUUAAUUGUUUGGUUGUUUUACAACCUUUACAACCUUUAGAUCUGUUAACCCUCUCCUUCACCCAAACACAUAUCGUCCGUUUAUAGUCACCCAGGAAUGCCAUCAAGCGCUAUCUAAAAAAAACAGGAACCUGAAAUGAAUGUGUGCUUUAUUCUCUGUUUUAAAGGACACUAUAGUCACCAAAAAAACAUUAGCUGAAUGAAGCUUUUUUUGGUGCAUAGGUCAUGCCUCUGAAGUUUCACAGCUCAAUACUCUGUCAUUUAGGAGUCAAAUCACUUUUGUUUCUAUUUAUACAAACCUAGCCGCACCUCCCCUGGCUGUAUGAAAAGGAGAGGAAAGAAACCAUUUCUUUCCCAUACACAGCUUGUAUAAAAAAAUGGUUUGUUUCUUCAAUCAGAUGUAACUUAUUUCCUGCUCUGUUCACUGAACUCCCAAUUACAUACAAGGGGCUCCUGCUUGGUCUAGAAAGCUAUUGAGAUAAGAUAAGAAAUACUAAAUUAAACAGAAUUUGCAAUAAAGGAAUUGUAAAUAUUAGAUGACUAUUUACAGGAAGUAUUUAGGAAAGCUGUGUACAUCACAUGCAUGAAGGUGUGCCUAGGGGCUGUGUAAACAAAGUGAUUCAACUACUAAAUGGCAAAGAAUUGAGUAGUGACAUGAUCUAUACACCAAAACGUCUCCAUUAAGCUAAAGUUGUUUUGCUGACUAUAGUGUCCCUUUAAUUGAAUUUGAGAUUCCACAGUAGGGCUACUCAAUAGCCUAAUGCUUUCUUUCUGGAGAUUCCUAAAUGCUGUAUUCAAGGUAUGGAAGUGCUCCCUAGCAGUAUGUGUAAUUAACGUCACACAAGCACGCAUGUAAUUAAUCACAAAGUUCCUUCCCUCCCUCUGGGUUCCUGGCAGUAAUUCAUUUAUGGAUUUAGCUCCCGGAUUCCAUGUAUUUGUGGACAACGCAUUUACACCCUGCCUGACAGUUUGCAGAAUUCAUGUGCGCUUCCCAAAAUGUGUCAAUCUGGCGUCCUUAGGUGACACACAAGGUGACCUAUAGAAUGACUUGGUGAUGCAGUUGGGGGGGUCUGGGCAAUGUUUGUGUCUAUUAGUUACAAAUGGUACUGCAAUAGAUUACAGGCGCUUUCAGCAUCUGAUAGACUAUCGGAGUUCUUCAUUAUUUUUUUUUUUCAUUGGAGUCUAAAGUCAUUCCUAACCAUUUCCAGACCAACCACUUCGAAUAAGCAAAACAAUAAAUAGCAGUCGAGACAGAAGCAUGGUUUUAUUCCCCUCCCAGUUUGUGAUAAAUUGCAUAUGCUAAAUGCUGUCUUUCUCUUUCUCGCCUAGCUUGACCUGCACUGGUGAAAAGAGAAGACGUGAGCAAGAGACAAAAUAUAUCGAGGAGUUGGCCGAGCUGAUUUCAGCAAAUCUCAGUGACAUUGACAAUUUCAAUGUCAAACCAGACAAAUGUGCAAUUUUAAAAGAAACCGUCAGACAGAUCCGCCAGAUUAAAGAACAAGGUACUGUCCUCAUUUCUCAGGGAGAAUUCACUGUUCCUUUUUUGUCUGGAGGCUGAUGUGCAAACUAAUGAGGUACAUUACUCAGCCUCUAAAAUAAGAACGCAUAUAUGUAAAAGCAGGAGGAGAACAGUUUAAAGAGACCAUGCAAAAACUGUGUAUCCAAUACAUUUGGCAUUGGUGUACUUUGUUACAGAGUUAUUUAAAGGAUCUCUAAAAGGACCCAGAAAACGUCAUCGCAAUAAAGUAGUCUGGGGGCAGCGGCCCUUUACUUUUUUACCCUGCAAUUUAAUUGCUGUUUCUAGUAGAUAUGUCAGUGCUAUGAUUUCAUGGUUAACACCUUUUCCUGACAGCCACUAGAGGCGCUACCACAUUAAGAUCCGAGUCAAACUCUGUUCUCAAACCAAUGCUGCUCCUAGAGCAGCCUUCAAUUGGCACGGCGUAACAUUUUGCUGCGCAUGUGCACUAGCCUCCCAAAGAUGUCUGCCAAUGAGACGGAAUAACCAUGGCAAGACCAGAACGUAUGGGAUAUAAGGCUUGUUAAUUGCACAAUUAUCUAAAUAUUUAGGACACUAUAACUUUAGGAAAACGUGUGCAUUCCGAACAUCGUGUUAAUAAUAAUAAUCACAUCUGCAAAUACCCUUCAGAUACUUUAAUACUGCCAGUUAUCUGCCAGAGAAAAUGUGCAAGCUGCUAUGUGCCGCAGUGCACACAUACGUCCUACCGUUAUGCUAGAGGUAUUCUACCAUGCCACAAAUGUGUCUCGCAUUCUAAAGUAAUGCACGGCCAUCUCUAGGUAUGUAGGCGCACACCUCUGUGUGUGUGUGUGUGUGUGUGUGUGUGUAUAUGUACACCUUGUACAGAUUCAGUUUACACACCUGCCAUGUUGUUCAGUAAUUGUCUAGACUACAGAAACAUACCUGAAAAAUGUUUUAAAUUAGAGGUCCUGCUUUUUUAUCUGCAGUGAGCCCACCCUCCCUCCCUCCCUCCCUAAAAACUGCAUUUAUUUUCUUUGGUAGUGCUCGAGAUAUCCCAUAAAUUGCUCCCAGGAGGUUGCAGAAACAAAGAAAAUUCUCGUAAAUAAAAGAGCUUUGUUGCACUUUCCUGCUUUAUGCUUUACUCUCUGCAGAAUAAAAGGAUUCUCUAAGCAUCCAAAACACCUUUAGCGUAAUGAAGCAGUUUUGGUGUAUAGAUCAGCCCCUGCAGUCUCACAGCUCAGUUCUCUGCCAUUUAGGAGUUCAAUCACUGUUUCUGUUUAUGCAGCUCUAGCCACACCUCCCCUGGCUGUGAUUCAAACAGCUAGCAUGGAAAAAAAAUAAAACAUUUUUUUUUCGUUCAGAGCACAGUGUGUUUAUUUUAGAUGUUUGUUUGUUUUUUCGUCAUUGCAUACUCCAGCUUUCUUUUAAUUUAUAAAUCCAUGUUUUUCUGUCAUUUCUAGAAUAAUAAUAUAUUUAAAUAUUCCCAUUGCAGGAAAGUCCUCUUCUAAUGAUGAUGAUGUACAGAAGGCUGAUGUGUCUUCUACAGGGCAAGGCGUGAUUGACAAAGACUCUCUGGGGCCACUCUUGCUACAGGUGACCAGAUCUAAUACAAAAAUACCCCUUUGACAGAGAUCUCUUGUUCUUGUUUCCUCUUUUUACUGUUUUUGUCAUCUCUCUCUUUCUGUCUGUCGUUCGCCUUCUCUUGCUCUGCCUGUCUCUCUGAAUAUGAAAGUUUGUCCCGUCCCUUUUAUCUUUCACUCCCUUUAUAUAUGGAAAUGGUCCGUGCACUUUUAUAAAAGCAACAAAAGAAAUUAUAACCAAAGAUAGAUACUUGGAUGAGUCGCCCAGAAGCCCUUUAUAUGCUGCAUACAGUUGAUUUUGAGUAUUUGUCUAUAAAUGAAGUUGUUUUGAUUUUCUGGUAAACUGCCGAGUGCACCCCCGAGAGCCAUUAACCCAAAUUAGAAAAUAAUCCUCUAUUAGCACCUGCAUACAGCUGGUCCAUAAGCACAUCAAGACGGCUAACUCAUCUGUGGUAUAAUGGCAAGGAAUUGUUAUGAGGAAACCGAAUGAUACAAUACAUUUAUAGAAGCUGGUUAAACUUCUGUAAUAUUUCCUGUGAACGAUCCCCUGUCCAUUUGUGUGUGAUUACUCAUUUAAAAUAAUUUAAGCUGUAAUUUGAAAGGAUAGAGGCCUAAAGACUACCAAGAUAAAGUGAAUUUCAAAUAUGUGUCCAAAAUAGCUGAACGGAAAACCUAUAACUAUUUUGUCCUAAACUGUUUAAUUCACUUUGAUUUCCUGUGUGAAUACUCUGCCAGUAUUGACGUCCCUAAACGGCAAAAUUAUGAAUGCAAUAUUCAGGCUAAAUAGCAGCGUGACUAAACCGGAGAAUAUUUCCAAACCUUAUAUUUUGGCCUAAAUUUUAAUUUUUUUUUUCAAAAAAAAAAGUUAAUUAAUAUAUAUAUAUAAUUUCUUUAUUUUCUGGUGCAGGCACUCGAUGGCUUUCUGUUUGUUGUAAAUCGUGAGGGUAGCAUUGUGUUUGUAUCGGAAAAUGUCACCCAGUAUUUGCAGUACAAACAAGAAGAUUUGGUUAACACCAGUGUUUACAGUAUACUUCAUGAAGAGGAUCGUAAAGAUUUCUUGAAGAACCUUCCUAAGUCUGCUGGUAAGCUCCUGAUGCAUCGGAAUAUGAAAAUUGCAAUCGCGUCCAUUUAAGUGCUGUGAUGAGACAAAGUUAUAGCCUAACUUCAUUGUUUAUCUGAUGUUCUUUCUUCUUAAAAGUUAACGGAGUCCCCUGGUCAAAUGAAGCUCCCCGACAGAAGAGCCAUACGUUUAACUGUCGGAUGUUGGUGAAGAUACAUGAUCACCUUGAAGAUGGCAACAGCAAUUUGGACAACCGGCAGCGAUAUGAAACCAUGCAGUGCUUUGCACUGUCUCAACCAAGGGCAAUGAUCGAGGAAGGAGAAGGUAGCAAAAAUCACUUAAGGACCUCUUUUAUUUUAACCCCCUAAAAAUUAGUUUUUAUUUUUUUUUAUUUUUUAUAUCCUUAUCCUUAUCCAUUUUUUUCUUGAUAGAUCUUCAGUCAUGUAUGAUUUGCGUGGCACGGCGUAUAACAACCGUGGAGAGAGUGUUUUCAACCAAUCCCGAAAGCUUUAUAACAAGGCAUGACCUAUCAGGUAAGAGUAUAAGAUCUGGAACAAAACUGAUGUGUACACAGUAUUACUUGGGAACUACCACUUUGUCAUUAUUCCUGUGCUGUAUUAAUCUUUUUGGGGAAAUCAGAAAUUGUUAUUCGUAGUCCAGGAUUAAUAAGGGAUCAGGUGCCCUGUAUUGCUCUGGAUUACAGGGUUUUUAUCUGAAAGACCUUGUGUUAAUUUAACAGGCAAGGUGGUGAAUAUCGAUGCGAACUCCCUGCGAUCUUCCAUGAGGCCGGGUUUUGAGGAUACAAUUCGAAGAUGUAUUCAGCGCUUCCUGUGUCAUAAUGAUGGCCAGCCUUGGACGUAUAAACGGCACUACCAAGAGGGUAAGUUAAUACUUUUCUGGAAUUUACAUGGUGCAGUUAUAAUCUAUUAAAUAUUACUGAGACCUUGUGCAGAUUUUUUAACCAGCCAGUUAAGAGGGGGAGCACAUUUGCCAUAGCCCGCUGCAAAGUGAUGCUGGCCACAUUUUUGGUUUGAAGUAGGUUUCUUUCUAGACCCUUACUAACACAGAGGAGUGAUUGUUCAGCCUUCUAAUUACUUCUCUUUUUGGUAUUUCCUUCCAGCAUAUGUGCACGGACACUCUGAGACUCCAUUUUACAGGUUCUCCCUUUCAGAUGGCACCAUGGUGACCGCACAGACAAAAAGCAAACUGUUCCGAAAUCCUGUCACAAAUGAUCCUCAUGGAUUUGUUUCUACGCAUUUCUUACAAAGGUUGGUAUCCGUAAAUGAAACAAGGGUUUGGUCUCUUGCCUUACUAUUAAUAACUCUGGUGAGCGGGCCUCUGUAUGCUACACUCCUACGGGCAUAAGGUAACCGAAUACGGUGUCUUAUUAAACCGGCUGUAUUGUAAUACAGUAGUUCUAGAUAAGGGGCAGACCAGUCUGAGAGCUCAUAUAGCUGAGGGUUCAGGUUUCCCUGGUUAAGUGUUAGUAUACAAACCGUUUACAGCACAUGGCUGUGCAAAUUGUGUGUCACUGUGUGACACUAAGCAGCUACACAACAUAAAGCAACCACAUGGGUUUCACAGCCUAUUGUGGGCUUUCCUAGCUGUUUGAUGCUCCUAAAGGCAUGGGUUCAGUUAAUUCAAUUUGAAGUAGACAAAAAUGUUGGGGGUAAUUCUUGAACUUCUUGACCAAAUGUAUGUCUUUCUCCCCCCUCCCCACCACUUCUUCCAAAAUAUUUUAUAUUUUGUUGUAGAGAAUUAUGGGAAACGCAGUCCAGUAACAGCUGGUUAGAUGAGUGAUUUGUUCUCUUUGGCAUAUUUAUUUUUGAGCUUUUCAAUCCUUAACUGCUUUUUUUUUUUUUUGGUGGUGGUUUCAGAGAGCAGAAUGGAUACCGACCCAAUCCUAACCCAAUGUCUCAAGGAAUGCGUCUUCCUGUACCUCCAAACUCCAACCCUGCAAAUGCCAUGAACCCCUCGCAGCCUCAGUCCAUGCCACCCCAAAACAGGAGUUAUGGUGGCAUGGGAGACCCAAACAGCAUGACACAGAUGCCUGGCAUGAGAUACAGUUCUGCGGGCAAUAUGGGACCUGUGAACCAAACUCCAGGGAUGCAACAGCCCCAAUACCAGAACAACAAUAACAAUACUUAUAUGAGUAGCCCUCCACAAGGCAGCCCUGGCAUGAGUGCCAACCAGUCGAACCUCAUGAUGUCUCCCAGGAACCGUGGGAGCCCCAAAAUGGGAACCAAUCAAUUUUCGCCUGUUCCAGGUAUAUUACUGAUCUGUCUACAGAAAAUAUCUCACCUUUUCUAGAAAUGCUUUCAAAAUUGGGAUUUCCAAUAUUUUGUAAUGGAGCGAAAAUACUUUGCGAUGAUAUAGUGAUCUGAUACAUUGUUUGAACUUGUGUGGUACUGAUUUUUUUUAAAAUAGAAAUUUAAUCAGUCUCUUUGGGGUUUUUUUUUUCCUUCUGUUUCUUCUGUGGUGGGAUUUUAAAUGUGGUGUUUUCAUGCAUCAUUUUCAACUUUUUAAAUUAAAAUCGAGUGUUGAUUUGGUAUUUUUUUUUUUUUUACCAUACUUAGGUAUGAAUUCUCCAAUGGGGGCUUCAGGAAAUGCAGGAAGUUUCUCCAGUAGCUCUCUGAGUGCUCUUCAUGCAAUAAGUGAAGGAGUUGGAAGUUCUCUUUUAUCAUCUUUGUCUUCACCAGGGCAGAAAGUAGAGAACUCUUCCAAUAUGAACAUGGCACAGCCUGGUAAAAUGGGAAAUCAGGAGUGCAAAAGCCCUUCCGGUAUGUAUUGUGAACAAAGUCAAGUGGAGAGUUCUGUGUGUCAGUCCAGUGGUAGGGAACAUCUCGGGGAAAAGGACAUUAAAGAGAAUAUCCUUGAAGGGUCUGAAAGUCAAAGAGCGCAGGCCGAAAGCAAAGGUCAUAAAAAACUAUUGCAGUUGUUGACCUGUUCAACGGAGGAUAGGGGUCACAAUGCAAUGGGCAACUCCACAAUGGACUCUAGUUGUAAGGACUCUUCCACCAAUGUUACCAGCCCUUCAGGGGUCUCGUCCUCAACUUCUGCUGGUGUUAGCUCUACAUCAAACCUGCAUGGAUCAAUGCUUCAAGAGAAGCACCGAAUUCUUCACAAGCUGUUACAGAAUGGAAAUUCUCCUGCAGAGGUAGCUAAAAUCACUGCAGAAGCUACUGGCAAGGACAACUUUCAGGACUCUGCAAACUCUGCGCCUUGUGCAGAGGCCACAGUAAAGCAAGAACAGUUGAGUCCUAAAAAGAAAGAGAACAAUGCACUUCUUAGGUAUUUGUUGGACAAAGAAGAUCCAAAGGAUCCACUCUCAAAGGACAUCAAACCAAAGGUGGAGCCAAUUGAAAACAAGAUGGGACAAUGCAGUAGCUCAAGUCUCCCAACAUCUAGUCAGGACAAGGACAUCAAAAUUAAGACUGAGCCAACAGAAGAGGUAUAGGAUGUCUUUAUGUCUGUGUUUUGACUCACCGUAUCCCAUUGUCUCAAAAUCCCCACUCCCGGAGAAAGCACGCUAAACAAAUUACAUGCAUAUUGUCUUUUUGGGGAUAUAUCUACAAGAGUGGAGUGUUACUUUAAGACUGUAGGUUUCAUCUAUAUGCUAUAGAGCAGAGAGAGGCGGCCUCUGUACUCCAGAUGUGGACUACAUCUCCCCACAACACCAGCAUUAUGGCUAUGAAAGCAUUAUGGAAGAUGUAGUCUACAACAUCUGGAGUGCUAAAGGUUGCCUACCCCUGCUAUAGAGUAUUAAAAAAAGUAACAAAAUAGCCUUUCUCUAAUAUUCCUUUUGGGUAUAAUGCAAUCUGGCUUCCUGUUGAUCAUUGAUGUUCUCUCAAAUUAUUCACACUUGUAAAGGUCGAUGAGACUCCUGCCAGACACCGAGGCCCUGAUUUAUUGAAACAAUGUUAUUUUUAUUUCAGCCGAGAUUAGCUCACUUAAUAACAUGUUAUUCUACAUGACAGUUAAAUCCAGGUUUACAAUAACUUCCUGCAUGACGUGAACUUAAUUGGCAUGGUAUAAAAUGAUUUGGUUUGACAAGCUGAGCACACAGACGCAUCAGAUUUGAUUGGAGAUAAAAGGACGUUGAUCCUAUGUACCGAAAAAAGGAACGGUUACCUUUGGUCCCCCUCCCAUUUAAUGUUAACUUAUCUUUAAAAGGAUGUUGAAUAAAGAGGUGGCACUGCCUGUUUAAAUUAAUGUUUUAUGUUCCGACUGCUUCUCACUUUUAUUUGUUUAUUCAUUCUGCUCUACUGACUUCUGUCAUGGGUUAGUAACCCCUUUAGUUCCAACCUUAUAAGAGUUCUGUGCUCAGAAGAUUAGACCUUAAUGGCAACCCUCAAGUGGUAUACUCCUAACCCAUGUUCCAGCUUCUAAACAAAGAUCAGAAUGCUGGAUGGGUUUUCAAAGUGGAUGGGUUGGAAGUUAAAUUAUUUUAUUUUACACUGCAAACUUUUAAUGUAUAUGUUUUACUUUUUUCUCCCAACUUAGUUUAGUGCCUUAAUAUGGGCAUUGCAUUUCACACCCCUCUUGCAUUCUGAACGGUAUCAAAUCUUUAAUAAAUAAUAUCCAAUCGUGAUUGCAUUGGUUACUGUGUUAUCUGAAGUUAAUCGACUGAUUUUAUAACUUUCUGCUUUUGUAUGUCUGGUUCCCAUGUAACUAGGUCACUGGAGACUUAGAUCAUUUAGAUGCCAUUCUUGGAGACCUCGCAGGACCCGAAUAUUAUUCCAACCCAAUCAGUUCGAAUGCCUCACCCCUGGGGAACAAGCAGCCCGUCUUCCAAGACAGCCCCUCGAUGGGUAAGAAAUGCACCACUACUAUCAACCUUGAUCUCUUAUUCAUCAAUAGGGGGGGGGGGUUUAACUUUGAUUUAUUUUAUUUGUAUUUCAUUUUUAUGGUUCUAUUGGAACAAAGCUGCUUCUAGACCUCUUAUGCGGACAGUGAUAUUCUACUAGCCGCGCAUGCUAGGAUUCCGAUCUUUUGGUUUGCCAUGGGCAAUUUUUUUUUUGCUCACCGUGGCAUAACGUUAGAUCUUCAUGAACGCCAUUUCUUUUCAUGUCCCAUAUUCUAUUAGGACCAUUUCAUUCUUUCCUUCUCUUCUGCUUCAUUUCUCUCUACCUUUCAUUCUUUUUCCAGUUUAGUCACUCAAUCCUUCUCUAUGGCAUAUUACUUGGUAAAAUACAAAGGACAAUACUUUAUUGAGACUUUAAUAUAUAUAUUUUUAAUUCUUUAUUUUGCUGUGCAUUGCGUAACAACGAUAUCAUUUUAGCAAAUCAGAUGUUUUCAGACCACAAGCAUUAGGCAUAUACUGUAAUUACGGUUAUGCACAUUUAAAAAAAAUAAUUAUUUUGUCAUGAGUGUGUCCCUGGCGAGCUGCUUUAUGGUCAUGAUGUAUAGGUAUAUUUGUCAGAUUCGUCAUUACUAAGGGCGUGUGGUGCAAGUGUGCAUGUUCCGAAAGCAGUACCGGGGUUUGUGGGCCUUUCAUAUAGGCUCUCGUGUGGUCAGGCCUAGGAACGUGUGCAGGUCUGUGGGGUAGACCUAGAUUAAAAGUAAGGGUCAAGCUGCAAGUGAGUGCUGUUCGUGCGUGUCGUCCACCUCGUAAGGGGGGGGAGGGGUAUCUGUCUUUAUGCUUGGUGGACCUCUUGGAGGAGGUGGUGCCCCUAACCAAGGUGUGUCGGGGGGAGGGUGGGUUGCGUACGGUACAGUGGUAUACUAUAUAAAUGGUUACGUAGAACCGGACCAGGGCCAUACAUGGCACUAUGAAGCGAGUGCUUGAUUGUAACAUGGUAAGCUAGGGCUCCCUAUUCCUGGGCGUCCUAGGCUCGUUAUUGCGCUGUCAUGUGGGCGAGGCUGGAGACUUGAAGAUUUUGAAGAUUUUGUUACUGGAAGUUUGUCUGUGCUCUAUUUUUAAGCCAUCUUUUUACAAAAAUUAAGUAAUAUGAAAAUGAGCGACCCUGUGAACUGUAUUUUUAUCUAUUGGCAUUGUUUUACAUAUCUUUCUUUGAUUCAAAUCCUAAAACGUGUGUUUACAGACCUUUGCCAUAGACACUGAUCCAUUUGGUAGACCCAGCACAUUUACUUGUAGGUUCUAUUGUUUUUGAGUGGAUUUCAUACUGUUUUCUGAUUGGUCGAAAAUGUGUCUCUAAAAUCACAAAGUGCUACGUAUUGCAUCUUCAUUAAGGUAUCAGAAGCCCACCAGCUGUGCAGAUGAACCGGCCUCCCUUUAAUCGGGCGAUGUCAUUGGACAGCACAGUGCCAGGAAACGCCACCCCUCCAGUGCGGAAUGUCAACUUUUCAAUGUUGCAAAAGCAAACCGUGAUGGGCAGUCCGAGAAUGAUGGACGGGCAAGAAAACUUCAACGUAAUGAUGGGUAUGUUUCAUGGGAGGGAGAAAGGACCUUGACAGGUUCAAACUUGUGUUCAUGUCACACUAUUCUCUUAAUAACUGCAUUUGUUAGACUAGGCCUUUACAGCUACAUUUCAGAUACCAGCUGCCAUCCUGAUAUUGCUAACUUACUUCCACAGUAUGCAGACAAAGAUCACAAAAAAAAAAAAAAAAUCUACCACAUUUUUUUUUUUUCCCCCUAGUCUUUGUGAAAGUAUAGUUUAUUUUGGAGUUUAGACCUGUGACCAUAAAUUAAUUGAAAGGCAAGGAACAAAAAUGAAUAGGCGGCUAAUCUAAAGUGUGCAAAUAUUGGUUCAGCCAACCAACAUAUUUGUAUGUUUCAAAAAUCAUAUCGCUGCUUUUUUUUUCUUAGUUUUUUUUAUAUCCAUUCAUUAAAUGGUACCCUACACCCUGUUCAACCCGUUUAGGACUGGCCUAAAGGAACACUUCAGACACAUGAAGGACUUCCGCUCACUUGAAAGUGACAAUAUAUCAAUAGAGAGCCAGGGAGGUUUUCUUCUGCUUUUCGUUAGCCCCACAGAGUAAAGGGUAGCAGUAAGCACACGGUGCUGACAUGUCUGACUUCACUUCUUCUCAAUAAGUGAUACUACAAUUUAUUGAGAAGCAUAUAAAGCAAUGAUCGUGUGCACGUGCCCUCACACAUCCAGCACAGUUUGAAAAGUCUCUGAUGUAUUCCUCACCAAGGCGAGAGAGGGGAAGACUUGCAAAGGCUGCAGACACCAUUUCUGCAGCUUUUGCAAGGUUGUUUUUUUUUUAUUUUAUUUUUUUUUAUUCCUUCAUGUGCCACCAAAGAGAGUAUGCAGAGGAAAAUACAUGCAUGACUUCUCUUCUGGGUAUAUCUUAUAAAUUGAAAACCAAUAUCAGAUUUUUCAAUGAAAUGCUCCUUUUAAUUUAUUAGAACUUACCUCUUGAUAUCUAUUUUUAAUUCUAUUUGUUGGGACACCAUGUUAUUAUGCUUAAGCUGUGGGGACAAAUAGGAUGCAUGAGUUGUCUUUUUGACUUCUGAGCGAUUGAUCUUCCAACUUUGAAGAAUCUAAACCCUACGUGUUCUAGCACAAUGCAGGGAAAACAGGCUUAUUGGUAAUCACUAGCAAUUUUUUUUACCUUUACGGUAGGAUCCUCCUUAGAAACUUUACCCCACUGCUACCUGCAGGCCUUUUUUUAAAUUCUGUCAUCUUAUUGUAGGAGGUGGACCUAACCGAGGUAUGAACCAGCAUCCUGCAGGGGACUGGGGGAUGCAAAACCCCAACAUGAACCGGAUGGAUUCUUCAAACGCUGGAACAGUGGGGAGACCGGGUCCUGAUUAUAACCCCUCAAUGACAAGACCACAGAUGAACAACAAUAUACCAGGGCUUCCAGCACGAUCGAACAGCAUUCCCGGCAGUAGACCUGUGGUUCAGCAACAAAUGCUUCCAAUGAGUACGUGGUUUGCUCUGUUGCUUGUUUCAGUAGAUCGUAUCGCUUGAAGGGCUUUCUGUGUUAUUCAAUAAGACCUAGCAUGAAACACAUUUAUUUUUAAACUCAAUGGGGAAAGGCAAUUAUCCCGCUGCAUAGGUUAUUAUAUGCUUUGUCUUGGAUGCAAUUUUAGAUUACCAAAAUGUCCCCUGAUGGAGAUGUAGUGGGCAGCUUCUAGAGUUGCACCUUAACACUGUUUCUCUUGGGAAAAGUGAGACCGCCUUGAGAAUGGUGUUUGAUCUAAACCAUUCCUCUUGCCUUUGUUUUUUCUUAUUCUGUGGUUAUCACUGUCUAACACAGACUUGUGAAUUGACCUGUUUUUUUUAGGACCCAAUGAAAUGAAUAUGGGUAUGGCAUCAAACCCCUAUGGACAACAAGGUCCAUCAAAUCCACCCGGAUCCUGGCCUGAAAGUAUGAUGCCAAUGGAUCAAGGGCACGGCGGACCUCAAAACAGGUUAGUAUGCAGUUUAUUCAACGUGGUGAAACAUUCAUUAAUUCUAUUUUAAACUCAUUUUGGGCUGUUUGGAAUUGAAUGAUUGGGUUGCAGUUUUCAGAUAUCUACUGAUGUCUCCAGAGGGCAGCAUGAUGUAUACAAGAAGUUCAUACUAACUAGGUGCGUUGUGCUGUAGAAAACGCAAGUAGCUAUAUUUAAAGGAGAUUGGUAUGUAAAAAUAGGUUUCAUUGUUGCAUGAGGCCCUAUGAAAACUCAAAUGUUAUAAAAUUGUUUCCCACUAAUCUGUGAUCAUAAAUUGGACUUGCCUUCAAAGUUUCCUUAACAUUGUAACAAUUCUGGCAGAGCAUUGCACAUGGCUAAAUAAAAAAAGAAAUCACUUCUAUCCCUUCAGAUAUUUACCAUUGAUUUAAGAAUGUUUGAACUUUUCAAAUGUUUUAAUAUUUUUGAAUAAACUUUUAAUUAUGUUUUUAAAUAUAUUUUUUCCUUCAUAAUAUAAAAAUAUUUUUAAAAAUACUCUAUAAAACAAUUCAAUAUAGCAAAAUAUUAAUAUUCUUUACAGUAAAUAAUUAAAAGUUUAGCCAAAAAUAUUAAAUCAUUUCAAAACCUUGUCAUACAAUAUUAAAUUGAAGCUGCUGUAGGGCCUUUCUAAGGACCCUUGUGACCCGUUUCUAAGGACCCCUUUGACUUGUUAGCUGAGUUUCAUGGCAACUCUCAGUAUCACCCAAUGUAAAUGUAUAGUUCUAAUGGUUAAUAUCUUUGUGAUAAUGCAAGAAGUAGUGUGCAUCUAUGCUGUCCUAAUUUGUGGCUUGCAUGUGCAGUUUUAUUUUUUGCGCAAGAUGUUUUUAUUUAUUUUUUAUUAUAAUGUUGUUUUCCUCUACAUAACGUCAGUAUUUUUGUCAUUCAGACAGCUGGGUCGAAGCACAUUAGAUGAACUGUUGUGUCCUCCCUCAACUGUUGAGGGACAGACAGAUGAAAUUGCUCUCCUUGACCAGCUGCACACUCUUCUGAGCAAUACAGAUGCUACUGGACUGGAAGAAAUAGACAGGGCUCUGGGAAUACCUGACCUUGUCAAUCAGGUAAGCACUGUCUGUUUGCGUGAUUCUUUAGAAUCCCGUUGGUCUAUCAGGAUCUCCCAUUAGAGAAUAUUUAUGCAGGUCAACAGCUGAGUGGAAUUACCAACCAAGAUGGCAAAAUGAAAAAGGUUUCUGCCCCCUCAAAGUUUAAUCUCACAGGGGAUCAUCAAAGGAAAGAAAUUGUGUUGGUUUUUGAAAAACAUUUUAUGGGGGAAAAAAAUAAAAUUGUAAGCAUUAAUAUUAAUCCUUCCAGUUGAAUUAAUUAUUUUGUGUUUUUAAUCAGGGCCAAGCAAUGGAGCAGCAGCAAGAUUCCUUCCAACCUCAAGAUUCCCCAGUCAUGCUCGACCAAAAGCCUCCGAUGUACGGCCAGCCGUACGCAGGCCAGGGAUCCCCGAUGCAAACCGGUGGUUUUAAUAACAUGCAAGGACAACACGCACCUUUCAAUUCAAUGAUGAGUCAGAUGACCCAACAGCAAGGCAAUUUUCCACUGCAAGGUAUGCACCCGAGGGCAAACCUCAUGAGACCAAGGACAAACAUCCCAAAACAACUCAGAAUGCAGCUGCAGCAGAGACUCCAGGGGCAGCAGGUAAGCAAGGACCUCUUUAAUUUCUUCCAUUUCUGUUUGUAACAGGUCCUAUUGAAAUAAAUAUGUGAUGAACAAUGAACUGUCACGUUUUAUUUUUUAGUUCAAAGCACAGAUCUCGUAGACUCUGGAGAAAGUAUAUAUGUUUACAAAAAAUGAAGUCCAUUCUGUCUUUUGGGUGAAUUUUUCCAGUUGUGAAAGUAUUAAACAGUAGUUCUAAGCUAGCGUUUGGUGCUUUGGUAACGUUGUGAGUGUCCACAUCCUGGACACUUUAUCAUCCUCUGACACCUGCUGUGAAAUAAUUUGACGUUUUACACCCUCCGGUCUGCUCUUUCUCUGCACUAUCCACUCACUCGUGAUCAUUUUCCAUCUUCAAUAUUAGAGGUUGUGUCUCCAAAAGGAUACAGAAGUGAAGAAAAUCAAUAGCUCUUUGUUUAAAGAGAAAUCCACCUUUAAUCGCAAAAUUUACAGGGAGUAGAAAAUCUUGCCUAAUUGUUCACCAUUUUUUUUUUUCUCUCUCUCUCUCUCUCUCUCUUCCACAUUUAGUUUGUUCACCUACUGUAUGCUCUUUCUCAUAUUCUAACCCAACUCUUCUGACUUUGUCCCCCGUUUUUGGUCUUUGUCUCUUACCGUCACUUCCUGAUCUUUUCUAGCUUCCAUAUUUAACCUUAUUUUACCAUAGUUUAAAAAUUCUAGACCACAGACGCUGGGCUGGAAAAAAAACUGAAACCGGGUAGUCCUUACUUUCUCUGUAUAUCUCUUGACUGGAUCGGAAUUUCAUUGAAAAUCCAACAGUCGUUAUGAGCAUUUCAUAAAGAUUCUAUUUUUAUGAAAUACUAAUUUUGCAAUAAUCCAGUCAAAACUAGUGUAUUGGUUCAUUGUAAUUCUAACAACUGUUUAUCUGUCGUAUUAAUUUCUGACAUUAAGAGGGUCUCUUCAUUUUUCCAUUUUUUGAAAUUCCGUCCUCCAACAUACUCAUGCGCCCUAUAAUCCGUCUUAGUCUCCGAUACAUAUUUUAUGUCAAACUAUUUUUAUCUUGGUUACCUGUAGGUUUCUACACUGGCUGCUCACCGUUCUUCCAAAAUGUUACGGAUGCAACAUACAGUAUUGUGGUUUUUACUUUUUUUUUAUAAAGUCAAAAGCUGUUUUUUAUGAUUAUAUGGUGUAGAAUUUACUAUAAGUAAAACAACAUCUGAUCACUGAAUAAUCAAUGACAUGUUUUUGAAGUUAGGGGUUGGGUUGUCUUCAGGACCAAGUGCAAUGUUUUUCUAUAUACCGGACAGCCUGAUCUUCCACCCAAAUUUUGUGUGAAACUAUUCUACCAUUGGCGAUAGAUAAGUAUGUCUUACAGAACUUCCCAGUGUACAUUGCUGGGUGAGUGUUUGGGUCUACUCCUAUUUUUGGUCUUAACACUCCCCCACUGGACUGGGUAUGAACCCUUAGUAAAACUUGCCAAAAUUCUAUUUUUCAUGACUGAUUAAAAGUUCAUUAAUACCUUCAUAUAACUGUCAUUUGUAUGAAAAAAAAAAACAUACCAAGACAAAUCCAAGUACAUUUUUGAACUUCUAUAGAUGUAGUUUUUUCUUUGAUAAAAAGCUGAACUUCAUUUGCGGGUUUACGGUUUCUUUAAAAGAUUAGUUACAACAUCCUACAUUGCAUUGCCCUAAAAUGAAUCCUCUGUGGAAUUGCUACAGUUUAAAGCUGGUUACGUCACUUUGUUUUGUGGUUCUUUAGCAAAGAAUGAUAAAUUCCAAAAACCAUAAAUGUUUUAAAAAGGUAGCGAUCAUCAUAAUGGGUCUGACUGCAAAGUCUUGUUGAAGUCACAAUCUGUUUCCAGUAGAAACCAUGUGUUUGGGGGUUGUGUUUUUUUUUUUCUUAAUAUUUUUGGACUAUGAUGUGUUUGUACAAUUCAUUCUGCCAUCACAAAGUAAUCGUCCUGUGUUCAUGCAUCUUAUUUGCAGUUUUUGAACCAGAACAGACAAGCGCUUGAGAUGAAGGUUGAGACACUGAAUUCUGGUGGUGCCGGAGUGAUGAGACCAGUUAUGCAGACGCCUGUUGGAUCACAAGUAAGUGAAGUUCUUUCUAAUUUUAACGUUUUGUGUGUAUUAACCCACGUUUCUCUAAGAGUUUCUAUAUGCAUGUCACGGCACCUAAAACAGCUCUGUCACUUAACCAUUUUGUUCUGUAAUGAUGGAGUCUGACUACACCAUACAGACUGCAUUAUGGGGAAACUUUAUUUUUAAGAACAUUGGUGGUGUGUCUUGCUAAUCAACAUGUCUUCAACAGCAGGGAUUUCUUAACGCUCAGAUGGUCGCCCAGAGGAACAGAGAGUUGAUCAGCCACCAUAUCCGGCAGCAGAGAAUGGCCAUGAUGAUGCAGCAGCAACAAGGACAACCUCAAGGCUUCAGCCCACCUCCAAAUGUUACUGCUUCUGCCAGUAUGGAGAACCCCUUAGCUGGACCCCCAAUGCCUCAAGCUCCUCCACAGCAGUUCUCCUACCCACCCAACUAUGGUAAAUAAUUACCUUUUUUUCCAUCAUCAUUUUGGGCAACCAAAUUUCUCUGUGCAUUAGAAACUGUAACUAAAACAAAGUGCCGUUCAUGUUAUUGACAAGUUAUUUAAUAGAAAGAAAAGAAAACCAAAGGAAAAAUAUCCAGGUACACAUGGGUUCUAUACCAAAUUGCAGACUUUAUUGAAGUUGAACAGGCAAGGUCAAUAAAGUCUGCAAUUGGGGAUAGAGCUUACGUGAGCCCGGUUAUUUUUCCUGUGGUUUCAAAUACGUCCCUCUUGACUUGUGUCUCUGACUGCCUCUCUGCUAUUUCUAACUGGAUGGCUGCUCACUUCCUUAAACUCAACUUGACGAAAACUGAAAUUCUGGUCUUUCCUCCCUCAAGUGUUGCUACUCCUGUGUCUGUCUCCCUCCAAGUCAACAGUGCUACCAUCAGCUCCACCACGAAGGCUCGCUUAGGUGUUCUCUUUGACUCUGAACUUUCCUUCACGCCUCACGUUCAGUCAAUCGCCAAAUCCUGCCUCAUCUUCCUGUCCGCCCGCACCUCCCAUGCCUCACCCUUCUGUCAGUCCCUACAUUGGCUUCCUGUAAGAUCUAGGGCUCAUUUUAAAAUUCUGGUUCUUGCUUCCAAAUCUCUACAUAAUGCUGCUCCCACCUAUCUAUCCUCCCUUAUACACAAGUAUGUCCCGUCUAGGCCCUUAUGAUCUGCUGAAGACUUACGUCUAUCUUCUGUCCGUACUCCCACCUCUGAUGCUCGCUUCCAAGAUUUCUUGAGGGCUCGACCGUUCCUGUGGAACUCUCUUCCCUCCUCCGUUAGAUGCUCACCCAGUCUCCACUCCUUCAAAAAAUCGUUAAAAACCCACUUCUUCAUAAAAGCGUAUCAAUUAAAUUUUUAAUAGUUCCCGACUGAUUCCUCUUCUGCAACUGUCACUAGUCUAAUAUUAUCCUUACCUUUUUGUCACUUUACCCCACUCCCUCUAGCAUGUAAGCUCAUUGAGCAAGGCCCUCAACCCCUCUGUUGUUGGUGCUAUAUAAAUAAUAAUAAUGAGAGACUGCUAAUCGCCCUGGUCUAUGUGGCACCAUAUUGUUCAUCCCCUAUCUUGAUUGUUGCGUGCCCUUCCUUUUGAAAACUUUAGAAAUAAAGCAAAGAAAACCAAACGGUCAUUGGUGUCUAUACUGUGGGUAAGGUGCCUUGCUUCUGUCGUAUUAUGGUUUGUACAUACUUUGGAAGAGAAUUUGUGAAAACUCCAGGUAAAGCACAUAAGAGGAAGCUUGUAUUUUCUGCAUUUGAAUGAUUUAACGCUUAUUGUUAUCAUUUUAGGAAUGAAUCAGCAGCCUGACCCCACGUUUGGAAGGGUAUCAAGCCCGCCUAAUGCUAUGAUGCCAUCACGUAUGGCACCUUCACAGAACCCUCACCCUCAGACCACACAAAUGUACCAGUCACCCGACAUGAAAGGCUGGCCGUCAGGAAACAUGGCAAGACCCAAGUAAGCCAUCGCUUUAAUUUAAGAAAUGAACAGCCUCUAUUGCCUAAUGGGUUUUUAUUAUAUUUUGUGUGUAGGGUGUCCAGGUAGGGCCGUGGGUGAAACACGGGGUGUAUAUAUUAUUAAAUGUUAAGAAGUUUGAGUAAGCUUUUAACAAAAGUUUCUUUAUUUACUGACCUCAACAGAUAAAUAUUGAACAAUAAAACUGCUUUCUGCUUUAAGAUCAAGAACAAAAAUCUGCUUGGUGACUUUGGUCACAAUCAGUGUCAUUGGUGCUGGGGAUCAGACAAGUUGUUGGUCAUUUUAGGAGAUCCUUAAUGUCCACCUGUUGGGGCAAUUAUCAGUACAGGAACGAUGAAACAUGGAAGCUUUGCAACUCUGUUAAAGCAGUUUGUGCUCUUAUGAGCUUUUUUUUUUUUAGAUAUUUAAAACAAAAAAAUAAACCUGGAUUGUUUGCUAAAAUGUGAAAUGUCAAAAAUUCUAAAUGAAUUUCAAAUCUUAUGACAAUAUACACUAAUUAAAUGAAUUCUAAAAAAAAAAAAGUAAGCUAUGUUUUUAUUUUGCUGUAGUGGUUAUGAUGCCAGGAGGGCAUUGCUGCCCGAUCUCUCACUGCAUGUAGUAAAUUCAUUUUAGAACAUUCUUAGCUCGGGUCUACCAAGCGUUGCCCGCUGCCUCCUCUCUGGCGUUGGGAGAGCCAGACUUCCCUCCUUAUUAGCUUCUGUUGGAUCUCCUGAGCAAAGCUCUGCAGUUAAAAUUUAGCUAAUUUAUUGAGUGUGUCAGCUGAUGACUUUCGGCCAAUGAGCGAAGACCUGUACUGUGCUGCAGCCAAGUCUCUGGCGCUCUAAAGGCUGUAGUGGAGGUGGGGAGUGGCACUUUGCAGGCUCUUAGUUAAGUCAAGGCGUUCUAUAACAAUUUGACAUGUGGGUGAGUCAUGGCACUUGUGUUUAUGGCUGCUCUGAAUGUUCCUUUGACCAGACCCUUGUGAAACAUUGUGUUUUUGCUUAAUGUCCUCCUGCAGCUCCUUCCCCCAGCAGCAGUACAGCCACCAGCCCAACCCUGGAACUUACAACAUGAUGCACUUAAACGGGAAUGGAAGCCACAUGGGACAAAUGAACAUUAACUCCUUACCUAUGCCUGGGAUGCCUAUGGGACCUGAUCAGGUAUGGCAUUAUCAAUUAUUAUUUCAGUGUCAGAAAGGAAAGGGUUAACCAUAUCUCCAUAUUACGGUGGUCAUGGAGCUAAGAGAUUAUGGGUUAACACGUUCUGGUUUUGUUUAGCAGUUGUUUUUUGUUAUAGUAUAAAAUAAAUGAAUUUCCUGGCAAUCGAUCCUCUUCUAGAGAUCUCCUAAUGGAAAAGUUUCCAUCUUCACAAUCCAUUUAAAAAUAAGAUACACUGAAUAGGAAGAUUUGGCACCAAAAGUGCUCAUAAAACUGACAAACCGUUACACUCGUAUAAGUAAAAAUUAACAUAAUUUUAGCCAUAGUUUUUUGCUUCCCUCCCCCUUCUGUCUUCUGCCUGCCCACGCAGCUCUCGGCAAGCUGGCAAGAAGUGACUUGGACUCUGGCAAAACUAAUGCUUUGACAGUGGCCUGGUUGCGUGCGCUACUAAAGAGUGACUGGGCCCUUGAUCUAAGAUCGUUCCAGAGUCCCACAAUGACCCGAUGGGCCCUUAUGGCUGCACUGCCAUCUAUUCAGACUCCAGACAGAAUAGCCUGCCCCCCUCCUGCAGGUCCAUGGUUCCAGCCACACGUGCUGCAUCUUAUCUUGUUCCCCUGUGCUGCUGAGCCGAGAGGAAGUCAAAUGUAAUCACUUCCUCCCAGCACAGCAAGCGCUUGGGGGAAACCGUGUGUAUUGUAUGUUUGACAGCCCUGUUCUAGACAGUCCAUGUCUUUACUGUUCUUGUCCCCAGUAUGUGUUCAUUUUAAUAAACCCAGGGGACUAUCAUGAGAUAAUACUUUUUGAAAAUUAUUUGAAUGGUAUAUGUAUGCCAAUUUAUCCAAAAACGUCAAGAAGCAGAUUUAGCCGAAGUUCUAUUUUUUUUUUUUUUCAACUUGUAUCUUCCCAGAGAAGAAACUACAUCUUGUACCAUCAUAGAUCACAAUAGUGGUGCUAAGCCUAUGUAUGUUUGACUUUUUUCUAUUUUUCCCCCCACCUUAAAACUGUAUUCUCUUCUUUCUAACAGAAAUAUUGCUGA